AAUUUCGCCGCUAGUGCUUGUACUGCAGCCUUGCGAAGCUCAUCCUCGGUACUCCCGGUAUCUUCACUACUCUAUCGGUGCUCUCUGUGAAAAAUGGCUCAACCGGGAAUGCCAAUAUGGGCGGCAGACGACGAGAUCGAGGAGGAUUUCCAGGGCGUCGACCUGAAUAUGGCGAUCGGGAACUAUGGGCAGAACGGGUUGUACGACGAAGUCCAGUCCAGAAUAGAUGAGGCUGCGCUGCUUGCGGUGCAGCAGCAAAUGCAGCAACAGGCCGCCUUUGCGCAGAUCCCGGACCAAGUGAAGCGCUUCAUUGUACACUUCCACCAAGCAGUGCUCAACAACAACUUGGAGGAGAUUACCGUUGCGUAUGAGAGUGGAUGGAAUCGACUGACGGAGAAGUUCUAUGCCAAAACCGAAUGGCCAGAGGCCGAGAUCAUCGCCCCUCUUGUGAACGACGACCCCAUCUUCUUGAUUCUGUACCGGGAGCUUUACUACCGUCACGUCUACUCACGACUGCAACCCAACAUCGAUGACCGUUUCCACUCUUACGAAAACAGCUGCGAGCUCUUCAACUACCUCUUGAACUCGGAUGAACCUGUGACGCUGGAGCUACCGGAGCAAUGGUUGUGGGAUAUCAUCGACGAAUUCAUCUAUCAGUUUCAGUCUUACUGCGUCUGGCGCUCGCGCGUCAAGUCAAAAUCAGACGAGGAGCUAAUCCUGCUUCAAGAAGCAGCCAGCCAAGGAGUCUGGAGCGCAUACAGCGUGCUUAACGUACUGUACUCCCUAAUUCAAAAGUCGAAAAUCAACGAGUACAUCGUGGCCCAGCAGGAAGGCAAAAACGAAGAGGAGAUCGCUGAAAUUGUGGGUGAAUACGGCGUGCGUCCGCUCUACCGGAUGCUGGGCUACUUCAGUAUCAUUGGGCUGCUCCGCGUCCACACGAUGCUCGGUGACUUUACGCUAGCGCUCAAGGUGAUGGAGAACGUUGAGCUGAACCCCAAGGCUCAAUUCACGCGUGUUACGGCCUGCCUGGUCUCGACGUACUAUUACGUUGGCUUCUGCUACAUCAUGCUGAGGAGAUACAUGGAUGCUAUCCGUGGGUACCUCUCGAUAUUGAACUUCAUUCUCCGGAUGCGACAGUAUCACACGCGGAGUUAUCAGUAUGAUCAGAUAAACAAAACGGCGGACCGCAUGUAUGCGCUGUUUGCGGUGUGCAAUGCACUCGCUCCGUCACGGAUAGACGAUAAUAUCCUCAACACGGCGAAGGAGAAGUUCGGGGAACAGUUCACGAAAAUGCAGCGAGGCGAGGAAGGCAUCGCGGCUUUUGAAGAGCUCUUCCUGUAUGCUUGUCCCAAGUUCAUCUCCGCCAACCCGCCGCCGUAUGAUGAUCCGGAUGCGCUCACCGCCUACGUCGACGACCCGCCGACGGAGCCCGCCCAGCGGCACCUCGCGCUCUUCCUUGCCGAUGUUCGCGCACAAGCCCCUGUACCGACGCUCCGCAGCUUCCUCAAGCUGUAUACAUCGUUGGACGCGAGCAAGCUCGCGGGCUUCCUCGACGCGGACGAAGAAGAGAUGGUGCAGCAGAUGAUGGUGAUGAAGCAGGCGAGCCGGUGCGUGAGCCGCGUGGGCGGGGAGAAGGGGCUACUUGAGGGUGCGGUGAGACCGACCAGCGAUCUGGACUUCUCGAUUGACGAGAAUAUGCUCCAUAUGGUGGAAUCGACUGUGGGAAGGAGGUACGCGGGCUGGUUUAUCAGGAGCACGGAGAACGCGCAACGGGUCUUGGAUACGUUGAAGAACAGCCCCUUGGCUAUACCGACUAAGAGCGUGGCUGCAAAUGGCCAGGGCACCGACGGCGCUGCUGAACAGCCGGCAGCACCUAGGGCAGGAGGCCAGAAAGUAGCCUGGGGCGGCGUGAAGGUCGCGUGAGCCGUAUAUUGAGUCCUUGCUCUCAUUUCCACAGUGUUGUAUGUGAGAAUACAUGUAUUGUCCUUGAGCACAGGGUGCAAGUCCAAGAAGUUCUUCCCCUGCCUCGGC